UCUGUUGUGCCUUUUAAAUCUGCAUUCCUCUCUCACUCUGCUUUGUCAGCACAUGCAUUCCACUUUCCACUACACAAUCAAUCAGCUUUGGACUACCCUCAAGUAAAGCACCUUCCCCUCUUGUCCAUAUAUUUCCCCCAGCCCACUCACUUCCCAUCUUCUUCCUCAAUCUCUCUUCCAAACAAUAACAAUAUCCUCAAACAGCCAUGAAUAAUCCUACUACCUAACCACACACACACACAUAAACCCAUAUAGCGAGUGCUCUCCAUAUCAUAUAUACAACCAACCAACCAACCAAAAUGAGAACAGGAGGGUGCACGGUCCAGCAGGCUCUCACCCCAGAAGCGGCCAGCGUGGUGAAGCAAGCCGUGACGCUGGCCAGAAGGAGGGGACACGCUCAGGUCACUCCUCUCCACGUGGCGAACACCAUGCUUUCCGCCUCCACGGGGCUCCUCCGAACCGCCUGCCUCCAGUCCCACAACCACCCGCUCCAGUGUCGAGCCCUGGAGCUGUGCUUCAACGUCGCCCUCAACCGCCUGCCCGCCUCCACCUCCGCCCCCAUGCAGCAGCUCGGAGGCCCUCACCACCACCACCAACAAUUACCGCAAUACCCUUCCAUCUCCAACGCCCUGGUGGCAGCCUUCAAGCGGGCCCAGGCCCACCAGCGCCGCGGCUCCGUGGAGACCCAGCAGCAGCCUCUGCUCGCCGUCAAGAUCGAGCUCGACCAGCUCAUCAUAUCCAUACUCGACGAUCCCAGCGUCAGCAGGGUCAUGAGGGAGGCCGGCUUCUCCAGUACCCAGGUCAAGAGCAACGUGGAGCAGGCCGUGUCCUUGGAGAUUUGCUCUCAACAAACAACUACUGCCGACACCAAGGACAACAAAUUGGUGGUGGCGGUUCACGGUGAAGAAGAUGUCAGGAGCGUGAUUGAGAAUUUGGUAUCGAGGCGAGGGGUGGCGAUUGUUGGGGAGAGCCUUGGCACGGCGGAAGGUGUGGUGAAAGGAGUGAUGGAAAGGGUGGAGAAGGGAGAGGUUCCUGAGGUUUUGAGGCGAGUUAAGUUGGUAUCUGUCCCGCCUAAUUUUGGGGACGAGCUUAAGGGCGUUGUGAGAGGGUACAUGGAGAAAGGUGGGGUGGUUGUGAAUUUGGGGGAUCUCAAGUGGGCAGCUGAUGAUGAUGGCGGGAGAUCGAGGAUGGAGCAGUUGGUGAUGGAUCUUGGGAAAUUGAGCUGCAAUGAUGAGCUGGGAAGGUUAUGGAUGGUGGGGGUUGCAACUUUUCAAACCUACACCAAGUGUAAAUCAACGGUAGAGAGUGUUUGGGGGCUUCAUCCAGUGACAAUACCUGCGGGAAUCCUGCGUUUGACUCUCCUUACUACUACGGACAGUGAGCUACAAAGCCAGUCAACAGUCAACAUUAACAACAGUGGUAAAGGUGAGAAUGCUGGGCGGUCAAGCUCAAGCUGGAUCAAUAUUAUCCCAGGAGCUGGGGAAGAAGAGGCCAAACAACGCCUAAACUAUGGCUGUGGUACUGAUUGCUGUUCAGGCAAGUUGGAGAAUGAAGAGAAUAAAAAUAAUGGCACUAGUAGUUGCUGUAACAGUUGUGACUCCCCAACUUCCUCCACCCUCCCUGCAUGGCUCCGACCUUACAAGUCCCAUAACCAUCAGGAUUCAGUGUCAAUCAAGGAUCUUUGCAAGAAGUGGAACUCUUCACCAGACCUGCAGAUAACAUCUCAUCACCACCACCAUGAUUACCACACCACCAACACUAGAAUGAGGGGCCUCACAUUUGCUUCACUUGUCUCACCUUCACAUUCACCUUCCACCUCCAUCUCCUCCUACCUCGACCCAACCAGCUUCCGCCACCAUCAACCGCCAUGGAGGAGCUCUACUACCACCACAUCACCAUCACUCGACCCGAUCCUUCACCAUCACCACAACUUCUGGCCCACCAAAACCCUUACCCUUCCCAUCGACCAUCUCCAUAGCCACGGCCCAUCCACAGUGGGCCCGGCCCUACGCGUAUUCAUCCCGGACUACCCUAAUAACAAACAAAACCCGCCGCCAUUCUUCUCCUCGAACCCUAACUCCCUCUCCACCACCCCUAACUCAACCUCCUCCAGCGACAACACCACCACCGACUACUCCACCCACCGCUUCAACUCGCUCAACUCGGACAACCUCAAAGCACUAUGCACCGCCAUGGAGACCAAAGUGCCCCGUCAGCGCCACGUCAUCCCCGACAUCGCCACCACCAUCCUCCAGUGCCGCUCCGGCAUGGUCAGCAGGAGGCGCUCCAAGGAGGACACGUGGCUCUUCUUCCAGGGCGCCGACGUGGAAGCCAAGGAAGCAAUCGCCAAGGAGAUCGCCAGGCUGGUGUUCGGCUCCCACCACAGCCUGCUCUCCAUUUCCUUGAGCAACUUCUCCUCCGCGGAGGACUACACACACUCUUCUUCUAGAAGCUCGUGCAAGAGAGGGAGACCAGAGGACGAGAAGAGCUACGUGGAGAGGUUUGCGGAGGCUGUCGGGAGGGACCCACACCGAGUGUUUUUUGUUGAGGACGUGGAGCAGGCGGAUUACUGCUCGCAGGUCGGGUUCAAGCGGGCUAUGGAGAGCGGGAAGGUGACGAGAAGGAACAGUAGUGGCGAUGAAGAUGAAGAGGUAAGGUUAGGAGACGCCAUUGUUAUCCUGAGCUGCGAGGGGAGCUUUAGCUGUAGGUCAUCGAGAGCUUGUUCACCCACGUCGAAGCACAAGAUAAAUAAUGAAGGCCGGGCGGUGAAGGAAGUAGGAGAUGAUGAUGAUGAUGAUGAGAAAAUGGAGGAGGGAGAGAGCCCAUGCUUGUCGUUGGAUUUGAACAUUUGUAUUGAAGAUGAUGAUGAAGUUCAGUCGAUUGAUGAUAUUGGGAUUCUGGAGUUGGUUGAUCGACGGAUUGUGUUCAAGCUUCCUCGGGAGGAAGAUCAAUUGUGAUGAUGUGGCGAAUGGGAAUUAAUAUUAUUAUUUACUUAAUUGGUAAUUGUGGGGGGGGUGUUAAUGGAAAGAGGGAUCAUAUCGAUACAAGUCAUGUGACGAUCGUUCAGAUGGUUUUGAGGGGAUUUUUUUUAUUGUCAAAGAUGUUGUUUGGUUCUUUAGGUUUGGGGAUAUUUGGGUCUAUAGAUAUUCUAAUUCCUGUUUCAGUUGGAGAAGUGGUUUUUAGUCUUUUCUUUUAGGGGUUAGGGUUUGGUAGAAUAUAUAUGUAGGUAUCGUGGGGGUAGAUGGUAAGUGGUUUUUAGUCUUUCUUAAUGUUUCUGUAAAAUAAAAUGUACAUUACCAU